AUGGAGGCAUGUGGAAGGCAUUUUCAUGAAGGCCUGAAGCUGAAGAAGGCAACACAAGUCAAAGCAAGGACCUGGGGUGACCUGAGAGUCUCUGACAAGUCCGACCUCCGAAGAGGGUCGGGCACCUUCGGCUUGAUUCCAGGUUGUUUCGUGGCACCCAAGCUUUCCAAACGAUGUGCAAGAAAAAGUCAAAAGGAUGCGAGAAGAGAGCUACAUCAGCCAAGUCGAAAGUAUCCUGGGUUGUGGUGGGCGUGCGUUGCCGCAUUGCCGGGGAGCUUUCAGUAUGGCUGGGCCUUAUCAGUGAUCAACGUGCCGCAAAGCAGUAUUUGCGCAUCGCUGGCUUUGGCGGACAGUUCGUUCGCAUGGUCGCUGUUGGUCGCCAUUCUGUCGCCUUCUGCACUUCUUGGGGCUUGGUUAGGGCCAGCAGUCGUGCGUCGCUUCGGGCUGGUGAGAGCCCUCCGCAGCACAGCGGCCUUCUUUGUGAUGUCUGGGCUGCUCUUUCCUUUGUCGGCGAAGGCCGCCAGCAGCAGUUUCUCGCUGGCCUACGGGCUUUUUGCACUGGGCCGGGUAGUUGCAGGUGUUGGAGGUGGAGCAGCAACUGUGUUCGUUCCGCUGUACUUGGGUCAGAUUGCUCCACUGGAGCUUCGUGGAGCCAUCGGCAACUUGCACCAGGUCGCCAUCGUCUUCGGGCUUUUGGUCGCGCAGCUGGCUGGCGCCACUUUGUCAUGGCCAUGCGCCCUGGCACUCGCAGCUUCUUUCGGCAUAGUCCAGAUUCUUCUCAUGCCGCGGCUUGUAGGCGUCCAGGAGAAGCGCGCCCAGGAGUCCGAUGGGAACGAAGCGAUCGGAGAGAGCACGGGCUUCCAAGCGCUGCGGACAGACAGCCGAGUGCGACGGCCUCUGUACAUGGCGAUCACUCUUAUGGCCUUGCAGCAAUACAGUGGCAUCAACGGAAUUUGGUUCUAUAGCACAGAAUUCUUUGCACGUGCUGGGCUCGCCAACCCCCUCGCCGGCACACUUCUUUCGUCCUUGGUGUUCAUGCUGGCGACGUUUCUGUCCGUGCCACUUAUUGAGCAGGCAGGGCGGCGAGCCCUGAUGCUGCGAGGGCAGGCAGGGGCGCUCCUGUCAUUGUCCCUCCUGACGCUGGCGCUCUGCCUAAAGUCGGUGGGGUGUCUCGUCACCUUGCACAGCUACCUGAACAUGCUUGUCGUCACGGCAGUACUUGGGUUCGUGACGUCGUUCGCGAUCAGCUUGGGGCCAAUCCCAUGGCAGAUUGCGAAUGAGAUCUUUCCUCUGCGCUGCCGGGCGGAGGCACAGUGCCUCAUAGCUUCGUUCUGCGAGGUCUUCAAUGCGAGCGUGGCUCUGGGCUUCCCUGUGUUGCAGCGCUGCCUGGGAUCGCAGCUCGCGUUCGCACCCAGCGUUCUGGUUCUCCUCGCUGGAAUACUAGUUGUCAAGAAGCAUCUGCCAGAAACCAAGAACCGAGAGGUGGAGGAUAUCUUGGUGGACUUCAAUCGGCGAACGUGA